AUGCGGCUUCUGAAGAGCACCAGCCACGCAAGGGUCGAGCUCACGCCCGAUCUCAUUGACGCCGUACCCGCCUAUGCCAUUCUAUCUCACACAUGGGGCGACGCAGAUCAGGAAGUGACCUUCGACGACUUGGUGAGAGGACGUGGUACAGGCAAGCAAGGAUAUCGGAAAAUCCAGUUCUGCCGAGAGAAGGCACUCCGGGACGGCUUGCAGCACCUUUGGAUCGAUACUUGCUGCAUCGACAGGGCGAAUCAUGUCGAAUUGUCCGAGGCCAUCACCUCGAUGUUCCGCUGGUAUCGUGAGGCGGCCAGGUGUUACGUCUAUCUCGCCGAUGUCUCCGACGAUGGCCACGACAGCGAGCUGGUGCGGUAUCGCUGGGAGGAUGCGUUUCGCAAGAGUAGAUGGUGGCGGCGUGGCUGGACACUACAGGAGCUACUGGCUCCUGCUUCUGUCGAGUUCUUCUCGAGGGAAGGGAUGCGACUGGGCAGCAAGAAGACCCUCGAGGCUCUCAUUCAUGAGAUCACGCAGAUCCCAAUCGCUGCUUUGCGGGGAGAGCCGCUAUCGGGGUUCACUGUGGACGAACGUCUGCGAUGGACGAAUGGCCGUCAGACCAAGAAGAUGGAGGACAAGGCGUACUGUUUGCUCGGUAUUCUCGACGUCUCCAUGUCUCUCAGGUAUGGUGAGGGUGAAAAGGCCCUAGCUCGACUUGAAGCCAAGGUCAAAGGCUCUUCGAGGGUAAAGUCAGCAAAUGUGUCAUUCUCUGAUGAGGAGGCCUCGAAGUUAGACACAAAUCAGGAUGAACUGAUUCAUUGGCUUGCGCCUGCACGAUCAGAAGAGCUGCAUACGAAGACAGCAGCGUCGAGACAUCCAGAUACAGGCGUGUCAUUCACAUCGGGGCCGUUACUGCAAUGGCUCACUCAAAAGCGUGACCAAGCUUCGCUGAUGUGGAUCAACGGCAAGUCCGGGACAGGAAAGACAACUCUCUUCUCCCAUAUAGUGGACAAAACUAGGAGCUUCUCCCUUUCGGUCCCUUCCACAGCAGUUGCGUAUCACUACUGCGCGUUCAGCGACCCAGCUUCACAGCAGCUCACCAACAUUCUCGGCUCUUUGGUGGCACAGAUCUCUGCCCAGCAGCCCGCGAUACUAGACGAUAUAAGAAGAGUUUUUCAGCGAGAUCAGACCCGAAAGCAGGACAGAACAUUGCAGGCCACUGAUCUGGAGAAAGUUCUGGUCAAGCACAUUCCAUCUUUCAGGAACGCUAUUCUCCUGCUGGACGCUCUUAACGAAAGCAGUGACUUCACCGAAAACCUCGCGUGCAUUGUGAGAUUACUCCAGCAGUUGCCGAAUCUUAUGGUCUUGGUCACGAGUACCCGAAGUGCUUCUACGGCUGGUAUAAGUCAGUGGCCUCACGCCAUUGACAUUCAGCUCGAGCCAGAUGAAGACAUUCAGGCUUACAUUGAAGCCCACCUUUCCGACGCUGGCUCUCUAGGUCACCUCAGCCACGAAUGCAGGCAGACCAUUAGAUCGACUCUUAUGAACAAGGCAGAUCAAACGUUCCGCUGGGUCGCCCUGUUACUAGACAACCUUUGCAAGCAGCGCACUGGAAAGGCUGUCCUGAAAGCAUUAGAACAGAUGCCUUCCACCUUAAACAGUACAUACGCAAGCAUGUUGCGCGUGAUUCCCGAAAUUGAUCGACCGAUCGCCCGCGAAGCCCUGCUGUGGCUGAGUUUCUCCUUGCGCCCCAUGACAUUACUCGAAUUGAGCGAAGCCGCCGUCCUCGAAGACUCGGACCCAACACUGGAUCAAGACUCUCGCUUACGCCACCCGGAAGAGAUCCUCGACAUUUGCAAUGGCUUCGUCGAGCACGACGUUGACAGCAAUGCGGUCAAACUCGCGCAUUCUUCCGUCAAAGACUACUUGCUGUCAGACUACGCCCGGACCGAAGGCGACAAAUUUUUCAGCUUUGCCAUUAACGAGGGAAACCAAGCGCUGAUGCGAAGAUGCCUGACUUACUUGAUGUUUGACGACUUCAGGCCUGGUGUUGCAUCGACUCGUACUGAAUUUCUAUCCCGCGAGCAAGACUUUCCGCUUUUGGACUAUGCGGCGCACUACUGGGGCUUACACGCAUCGUCCGCUUCCACGGUCGAGUGGCAUUGGGUACAGAAAUUCUUCUCCACGCGCACGCUACUCCGAGGCGGCAACUACGGAGCCUGGGUGAGCUAUCUGAUCCCUGACUGCCACCCGACCACUGCUAUGAGCACCCAACCCCUCUACUACGCCGCCUCAUUCGGCAUUGUCCCCAUAGUGCGGGCUCUCCUCCGUCAACCCAGGUCUAUCUACGUCGAUCUCGAGCACCCCGGUGGCCGGCACGGGUCCACGGCACUACAAGCGGCCUGUUUCCGCGGGAAGAAGCAGGCGGCAGAGUAUCUGGUGGCGGCGGGUGCGGAUUUCUGGAGCAAGGAUCGCGGAAGCGGGGCGCCAGCGUGGUUCUGGGCGCAGUGCAACGACUGGACGGACAUGGUGAACGACAUGAUACGCCGGAGGCCGGAAAUCGCCCGGAAGACAGAGCUGCAGGCGCAGGAGAUCUCGCGAGCGAAGCAUGUGCAGGCGAGCUUUGGCGUGAGUUUUGAGGACUGA